AUGUUGAUAUUUCUCAGCUUCUCUGCAGCAUGCUCCUCUGCUUCAUCUGACGCUACAAUGCACACUAAUAACUGGGCUGUUUUGGUCUGCACGUCUCGCUUCUGGUUUAAUUAUCGGCAUAUGGCCAAUACCCUGUCCUUGUAUAGGACAGUUAAGCGGCUAGGAAUACCAGAUGAGAGGAUUAUACUCAUGCUAGCAGAUGACAUGGCAUGUAAUGCAAGAAACAAGUACCCUGCUCAAGUUUUUAAUAAUGAAAACCAUAGACUUAAUCUGUACGGGGAUAACGUAGAGGUAGACUAUCGUGGCUAUGAAGUGACAGUGGAAAACUUCUUACGGGUACUUACAGGACGUCAUGAGACUGCUGUUCCGAGAUCUAAGCGACUUCUUAGUGAUGAAGGAAGUCAUAUUCUUCUGUAUAUGACAGGGCAUGGAGGUGAUGAGUUUUUGAAGUUUCAGGACUCAGAAGAGCUUCAAAGUCACGAUUUAGCUGAUGCUGUGAAGCAAAUGAAAGAGAAACGGAGGUUUAAGGAGCUUCUUAUAAUGGUGGAUACCUGCCAAGCCUCUACUCUGUUCUCCCAGCUUCAUUCACCAGGUGUUUUGGCAAUUGGAAGUAGUAUGAAAGGAGAAAAUUCAUAUUCUCAUCAUUUGGACUCAGAUGUUGGCGUUUCAGUUGUUGAUCGUUUUACAUUUUACACCCUUGCUUUCUUCGAGAGGCUAAAUAUGUAUGACAAUGCUUCGCUGAGCAGUCUUUUUAAUUCAUAUAAUCCAAAUUUGUUGAUGUCAACAGCAUAUUACAGAAUGGAUCUAUACCAACGCCAUUUAGAUGAGGUACCUGUGACAAACUUCUUUGGUUCCGUAAUGAAAACUAUACAUACCGAUUCAGCCUACAGGUCCGGAUCAAAUAAAAAAGUAGGGCCCGCCAAAACCAAAAUGUCUUUGGAACAAUCAAUAUCUGACAGUGACAGAAUAAUUUUGAGAAACUCGGAUGAGGAGGGUCCAUUUAAUAAUUUAAGUGUAGAGGAAUAUCUCAGAGAUAGUGUUGGACAAAUAUGGAGUGCUAUUUUCAGCAAUGUUAAUACUUUUGAAAGCAUUGACGCUUUUGUGUGUUAUGGAUUGAUUUUAAUGCUUCCUUUGUUGAUAUUUUCCACGUGGCUGUCAAAGUAA